CUUGAAGGUUGGAGGUUGUAACUGACUAAUGUGUUCAUGGGCAGCAGUUGAGGAUGAGUUUGAUCCUUAAGACAAGCAAAAGGUAGGUAGCAUAUGGGCAACAAAUGAUCCAAGUUCAUCUCCUCUUCCAAUUGGCUUCAUAUUGAAAUUCAAUCUGGAGUCGUCCAUGUGCACUAAAGCAAAGUUAAACAAGACAGAAUAAGAACAUGGAGGCCUGAUGAAAGAAAGUGUUGAUGAGGCAAAACAAGUUCAUCUCAUUCUCAUUGGACACCACCUUCUUGCCUCAUUGAUGCCUUCAUGUAGUAGCCUAAACAAGAACGGGAAGCCAUUGAUAACAAGCCCACUAUGGAAAAUCCACUGCAAAACUAAGGCAGUGAAAGAAUGAAUAUGAAUGGUGAAUGGUCUGACUUCCUUUAUGAUAGCAAGCCCACUUUCUCGCAUUAAUGGCGACAUUAAUGCUUCUGGAUUCUUCAUCCAACCCUUCCUUUUUUGGUUCAGCAACUAACCCCAUAAUCAAACUCCUCAUAAUCUUGGAUUAUUCCUUGUUCUUUGCAGUGGCAGCAUAUAUUUUUCGAGAAAAGUUUAGGUUUUUCCUACAUACCCUCCAAAAUUUCACAUACCCACAUCUUGUCUUCUUCCCUGAUGUCGAAAUUCUUCUCUCUUUUGUCGCCAUCUUUUGGCCUAAUGUCAAUAUUCCCCCAUUUCUCUCCCAGCAUUGCCACAUGAGGCUGUGCUUCCAUUUUCGAAGUCUUUAUCCAAACUGAGACACUGAGAUAGAUAAUGAAUCAGAGGCUGUGCUUCGAGAGAGAAAGAGGAGAUAAUGAAACAGAGGUUGUCCUUUGGUUUUCAAGGCAGCCCAUUGCCAAUUGGCCACCCAUAUUGCAAGCUUACUCAUCAAGGACACAAGGGUUUUCAUGUACCUGAAAAUGGGCCCAAAACAAUACAGAACAGACCCGACUUGACAAUUUUCUCUCUGCUUAUUCAAUGCUUUCUUAUUUUGCCGUUAAUGGCGAUGUCAUGUCGCUGCUCGUUCCAAUAUGGGUCAGACACCCCAAAUUUCCCGUUUGUUUCAAACAGGGUCUGAGAAUAAAUGAAAGAAAACUCAGGAAGUCUCAAAUUCAAACACUUCCAUGUUAGUUUAGAACUUGACUGACCUCAUCUGUCGAGCAUAACCUACUCUGAAAGCUCAUCCUUUUUAGUCAUAACUCCAAAAUGAGGACCUUAUGCCAAUUGAUUCCUGGCCUCACGUCUCAGACUGCAAACUGGGAGCUCGCUGCCAUGGUUCUGAGAUCACUGUGAAGUUCUUGGAGGCCCCUAAUGCUUUCUCACGCUUAAACUCAGCCACAUUUGUGUUUGAAAUUUUAGUGAACGGCCACCGCGAUAAUUGCAAGCACUGCAACAUCAGUUGCUCGCUGGAUAACAGCCCCUCUUUAAACUGUAAUGACAGAAAGAUUUUCUACUCUGAUUUGGAGGAUGGAGAGCAUAGACUCAAGGUCUGCACUAAUUUUUCCAAGGGAGUUGGCUGUUCUAGCCACAACUGGACUGUUGAUACAGUUCCGCCCACAGCAUCUAUUAUGGCCUCAACAGCAUUCACAAACGCUCUAAAUGUUUCUGUAAAUAUAUCUUUCUCAGAACCUUGUAAUGGUGGAGGUUUCGGAUGUUCAUCUGUCGACGCCUGCAACCUACUGGUAUAUGGUGAAGGGAGUGUUAUACCAUCAUCUUUCAAAGUUCUUCAGCCCAACCUCAAAUAUUCACUCUCUGUGGCCUUGGCAUCUACCAUUCAAUAUGGAAGAAUUAUAUUAGUAAUGGAUAAGAACUUCUGUACUGAUAGUGCAGGAAACAUAUUCGCAAGAACAGAAAAUUCCAUUUCUUAUGUACACUUUGAUAGAAGAAAACUAGUUCCUAACCUGAAAACUCGUGUUCCCGAAAGGCUAAUCCAGCUCAACAACGACAUCAGACUGGUACAAGCAACAAAUAAAUAUGAUAACUUAAAGCUCUAUUUGUACUUUUCAGAGUCAGUUCUUAAUUCAUCUCUGGAAGUUUUGAAUUCUCUUGAAGUAAGCAAAGGCAGGUUGCUUCCAAUUCAUGGAAGGAGUCUCGGAAAUCGCAGAUUCAGCUUUUCGGUCACAAAUGUUUCGGGAAUUGCCAUAAUCACAGUAAGCCUCAAGCCUAACUCUAUAAUAAGCAGACAAGGAAAUCCUGUUUCACCACUUCCACCAGUUACUUUCCUUUAUGAUUCUCUUAGGCCCACCGUGAUGCUUAGCACAACUACUUAUACGAGGACAAAAGACGAAAGAUUUUCGGUCUCUGUGAGUUUCGUUAAGCCUGUAUUUGAUUUCAACUCAUCCUGUGUAUCGAUUCGUGGAGGUCGUUUGCUGAGCUUUCGUGAGAUGGGCAGGAAUACGUACUCCCUUGAAGUACAAGCUGAGCAUAAAGUCGUAUCUGUUAGUGUCCCUGAAAAUGUAACAGUCGACGUUGCAGGAAAUCGUAAUCUAGCAUCGAAUGUUCUGCAAGUGUGGCACUAUUCUAUACCGAAAAUAUCUACCGUCGUUUCGAUCUUUACAAUCGCUACAUUCACGGCAACAUCCCUUGCAGCAGGACUACUGACUGUAUCAACAGCUAGCCUUCAAUCAGGAGUAUUCAUGAGAUCAUCUUCUUUUCUGACAUAUAAUCCUACAAGAAACAUUUUCAGAAUUGCUUGCCACAUUCAAAUUUUCGCGCUAUCUAUAUGGCUGCCGGUUACAUUGCCUGUUGAGUACUAUGAAUUUGCCAAGGGUUUGCAAUGGAGUAUUCCUUACCUUAGGCUUCCCUGGGAAAAUGAACAUGAUCGUCCUGAUGUAAGUGGCUACAGCCCCUUUACUGGAUCAAAUCCUUAUCUUUCCAAAACUCUUCAUUCAGAAGCUCUUCAAAACAAGGUUCCAGGCGAUAACUUUACUAUGGUUGAUCAGUUAUAUGGAUUGCCCCUUACUCCAAUGGAAUACAGAUCAUUUUUUGAGAGCCAAAAUAUCAAACCCCAAGCUGAUAAUAUUUUUGGAGCAGGAAGUUACAAUCGCAGGUGGAAUGAUUUUUACAGAAGCAUGUUCUGGUUUGGAGUUUUUGCUGGCAGUUUGAUACUCCUCCAUGCGCUUUUCCUUCUUAUCAUGAAAUGUCGAAAGAAAAUAUACAACACACAGGGCAGCUAUGGAGCACUUACCUUCCCUAGAUUUGAGAUAUUCCUUGCAUUUGUAGCUCUACCUUCCAUGUCCAUGGCCUCAGGCGCACUAUUUCGAGGUGGAGCUCUGGCAGGAGUAAUAGUUGGAGUUUUGCUGCUCGGCGUUCUGUCGUUGCUUUUGCUAGCCUUACUGUUGUUUCUGUCGAUCGGAAUCACGUUCGGGAAGCUACUUCAGUACAAAGAAGUUCAUCAAGAAGGCCAGAAAUUUCAUUGGUAUCAAGAACUUGUUCGUGUAACUCUAGGUCCUGGCAAGAGAAGUCAAUGGACUUGGAAAAACCAGCCAAACUCUGUUUUCCUGAUCAUUUUUGGACCAAUGUUUGAAGAUCUUAGAGGUCCCCCAAAGUAUAUGCUUUCUCAGAUUUCUGUGGCGAAUCCCAACAAACGAGGCGAUCGCAUUAUUGACUCCGACGAUGAAACAGAAGAUGCCGAAGCACCAUUCAUCCAAAAGCUGUUUGGCAUCCUUCGGAUAUACUAUACGCUCCUCGAAUCUAUCAGACGAGUCACUCUUGGAAUCAUGGCUGGUGCCUACAAGGAAACACUGUCUUCCAGAACUCCAACGGUUGCCUUACUAUGCAUCUCCUCAUUUCAGCUGUUUUUCCUUGUUCUCAAGAAGCCAUUUAUCAAGAAAAAGGUUCAGUUGAUCGAGAUCAUUUCGAACACAUGUGAAGUCAGUCUUUUUGCUAUUUGUGCAGUUCUCAUAGAUAACGACUUUUCAAUCAGUGCUCAGACGAAACUCGGAAUAACCAUGCUGGUGCUGUUCCUUAUAGGCUACUGUCCUCAACUGAUCAAUGAAUGGUAUGCUUUGUACAAACAGGCAAAGCAGCUUGACCAUGCUGGGAAAUCAUUCUUUUCAGGACUCAAAGUGGCUUUUAUUGGAUUCCUCCUCCUGUUUCUCCCACAGGGAUUCACUAGAAACUUGGAAAGUAUAUUCUCAGUGAACCUUAACGGAGACUCCGAAACCGUGGAUAACUCAUCCGAUAGGAACUUGUCUGUCAGUCGAAGCUCGAGUAAUGAGAAACCGUGGUUGAAACAACUUCGGAAGUUGGCAAAGGCAAGCUUCACUAAAGAGCAGGGUGGAACUUCAAAUGAUCCUUCAGGAAGCGGUACACGGUGGAGCGGACUAUGGGGGCGGAGAAGUAGGAGCAGAAGUAGUAGAAGCUCCUCCAUUAGUUCAUCUGAUUUCCGGUCUAAAUCCAGAGGCUUGUACAAGGAAUUUGAAACCAUUUUUUCAUCCAAGUGAAACUAAAAUACAAAUGUAUUAGUAUGAUCUUCUGAAGUUCAUUCAUUGGUAGUUUAUCAUCCCAUAGUUGGAUCAUUUUGGGUGUAGAAUACAGACGAUUGGGUUCUAAGCUGUGAUUGGUUCCAUAGUUGGAUCAAAUGUAUAAGAGCUUCAGACUUAUUCUCAUGCA